CUGCCGCUGCCGCUGCUACCUCCUCGCCUUCCUCUCUCCAGCCGCCCGCGCUUUGGAGAGGCAAGGCAAUAAGCGCCGGCCGGCCCAGCCCCCGCUAUUUAUAUGGCCUCUGCCGCCCCGCCCCCGGCAGCUUGCCCCAAUCAGGGGCCGCCUUCCGGCUCGAUUGGCACUCGCCGCCCGCCCCAGAGAGGCCCGGCCGGCCAAUCAAGGGGAGGCGGUUCCUUUGUGCUAUUCAAAUGCCUAACAGACUUGGGGGCUUCUUCUUGGCUGGCUGGAAGGUUCUCCGGAGAGAAGCGAGUGGCGGUGGCAGGCAGCGGGCUGGAGCGAUUUCGGCUGCGGCGGCGGCUGCAGCAGUCCGGAUGGGGCCGGGGGGAGUCCGAUCUGCGAGGGAGGAAGGGCUGGCGCCCCUCGGGGCAGGCUGGCGGGGCCAGGGGGCUCGCCAAGCGGGGUCUUGGAGGCGCAUCGGGAGGACGCGCGGCUGGUCCGCUGUCGCGCUCUCCCGGCCGCCCCGCUCAGUUUUGUCUUGGCCAAGCUGUGGGAUUGAUCCUGAAGACAUGGAAGUGGUGGAGAGCUUCUGUCUUUUAGGAUUGACCGUCAACAGUCAAGGAUCCAGCAGUCAAGAAAUACGCUGCAGACUAGCACUUGGUAGGGUUGCCAUGAAGGCCUUGGAAAGGAUAUUGAGAUGCCGUGACGUGUCUAUACCUACAAAGAUUAGAGUCGUUCAGACAAUGGUUUUCCCCAUGACACUGUAUGAAUGUGAAAGCUGGACUUCGAAGAAGCAAGAGAAGGAGGAGAAGGAGAAAGAAGAGAAAGAGGAGCAGGAGAAAGAGAAAGAGGAGAAGGGACAGGAGGAGGGGGAGGAGAAGUAGCAGGAGUAGGUGACUGUUCUGAAGUAGCUCUUUGCUGAGCGGUGGCAGAGGGAGGAAGGAUGGUAGAAUAGUAGAAUAGCCUCAAAGGGUGUGUGUGUAUGCUUUGCAGGGUUGUGUUACUUGUAAAACCUUUUGAAACUUCAAAACUAAACGGAUUAUCCUUCUAUCCAUCCAUCCAUAAAUUAAACAGUGAUCACUGUA